CGGGGCUUUGUGCACCCGCGAAGUGUUCGCGAAGUCUGGUGAGCAAUGUGUGCUGGCGGCUCGAAGCCAAGACCUUCGCAUUUCGAGGACAAGGUACCGAGAGCACCUGGUCAUGUGUUGAUGCCGCCUGAGGCUCCUUCCACGCAGGCCUGGUCUUCUGCUCGACGGAAACUAAUGCUUAAGAAGUCUGCCACAUCAUAUACACCACUCUGUCACAUGCCCACGUGCAAGGCGGAGCGCGCAAGCAGCGCGCGACCUUACACAUGCGAAAUCAGGCGGGGACGCACAUCUUGUGCACAAGCCGUCAUGCGGUCGAGAACCUGGUGGCCCGUUGGUUAAGUUGCCCCUGCUCGCUUCCUAAAGCGCCUGGACCUACCCAGGACCGUUAACAGAUGACUACCAUCCACUCAGGUCGAGUUUAGGAUAUGUCAUGCUAGCUCGGUUUCUCCGGGUGGGGGCACAUGAAGAAAGAGGAUGUAUAAAGAGCUCACGAUGCCUACGAGGCUGCAGCCACUCGCCCGAGUCCUCCCAGCGCCACCGUUCCACACGGUUCUCCUUCGAGAUGCGCCUACCAUCCCUAUAUACCUCCUUCUUUCCCCUGCUUACGCUUCUCGGGCUGAGCACUCUAGUGUCUGCAUUGGGCACAUCGUGCUCUGCGCCAGUGACUAGCGGUACUGCUGCCGCUAGUGCGCCGUUCUGGUUGGAACAAAUCCAGCACCAAGGCUCUGCGCCCUUCAACCCGAAUCCCAGUGGCUACCAGGUCUUCCGCAACGUCAAGAACUUCGGAGCUAAAGGUGACGGUGUCACCGAUGACACCGCGGCGAUCAAUGCUGCCAUCUCGUCCGGGAAUCGUUGCGGAAACGGCUGUGGCCAGUCUUCCGUAUCGCCGGCGGUUGUCUACUUUCCAGCAGGAACCUAUCUCGUCUCAUCGCCUGUCAUCUCCUAUUACUACACUCAGCUUAUUGGAGAUGCUAAGCAUGUGCCCACUAUCAUCGCCUCGGCCAACUUCCAGGGCAUUGCCAUCAUCGAUGCAGACCCUGGCUGGUAUGUCAACCAGAACAACUUCUACCACUCCAUCCGGAACUUCAUCCUCGACACGUCGCGCAUACCGGCUUCCACGUCCGGCACGGGCAUUCACUGGCAAGUGUCGCAGGCCACGUCCCUGAUUAACAUCGUCUUCCAGAUGUCUACUGCCGCAGGCAAUGCUCACCAAGGUAUCUGGAUGGAGAACGGAAGUGGCGGUUACAUGGGUGAUCUCGUAUUCAAUGGCGGCAAAUUCGGCAUGUGGGUCGGGAACCAACAAUUCACUGUGCGCAAUAUCACUAUCAACAACGCCCAGAUUGGUGUGUUCGGAUUGUGGAACUGGGGAUGGACCUUCCAAGGCGUCACCAUCAACAACUGCCAGAUCGGCUUCCAGCUGACGACUGGCGGUACGACGCAAGACAACCAGGGCGUAGGCGGUGAGGCGAUCAUCGACGUCGUCGCUACCAACACGCCCACCUUCGUCCAGUUCACCCAGCCCAGCGAUGGCAGCCUGCACGGCGCACUCGUGCUCAACAACAUCAAGCUCAACAACGUUCCGACCGCCGUCGGCGUCGCUAACGGGGCCACCCUCCUCUCCGGGGGCACGACCACAAUAAAUUCGUGGGCGCAGGGUAACGUCUACACGGGCACGAACUCUGGUGGCCAGUUUAUUCAGUCUGGCAUCAACGCAAUCAGCAAGGAUGGCAGCUUGUUGGACUCGGCGGGCAGGAUCUUCGGGAAGACGCACCCUCAGUACGCGAACUAUGCGCCUGACCAGUUCAUCAGCGUGAAAUCGCAGGGCGCGAAGGGUGAUGGUCAGACGGAUGAUACUGCUGCGAUCCAGAAUGUCUUGAAUCAGUUCUCAGGGUGCAAGAUCAUCUUCUUCGAUGCGGGUGUCUAUGUCGUCACGAACACCAUCACCAUCCCGGCGGGUACUCAAAUCGUGGGGGAGGCCUGGUCCACCAUCCUGGGGAGCGGUAGUGCGUUCACGGACUACAACAAUCCUCGUCCUGUCAUCCAGGCCGGCACCGCCGGCUCUACUGGUGUUCUCGAGAUCACCGAUAUGAUCUUCUCGACUCGCGGUCCCGCUGCUGGGGCCGUCGUUGUCGAGUGGAACGUUCACGAUCCCGCAGGUCAGCAGGGCGCUGCUGGUACCUGGGACACGCACAUCAUCCUUGGUGGAAAGGAUGGGACGAACCUCCAGGCUAGUCAGUGCCCGACGUCGACGAGCACCGGGAACAACAACUGCUUCGCAGCGUUCUUGGGUCUCCACCUCACUGCCCAGUCGAGCGCAUAUCUCGAGGGUCUGUGGGUGUGGACGGCCGACCAUGAUCUUGACUCCGGUCCGCAGCUGAACCUUUGGACUGGCCGCGGAAUCAUGUCCGAGUCACAGGGCCCUGUCUGGUUGAUUGGCACGGCCAGCGAACACGCCAUCAUCUACCAGUACUACCUCAACAACGCCAAGAACCACUACAUGGGCCUGAUCCAAACCGAGACGCCAUACUUCCAGCCUAACCCGGUCCCGCCUGCACCAUUCAUCACCAACACGGCGUAUAAGGACCCAGCCUUCGGACCGGGUGCUGCUUGGGCACUCACCGUUACCAACUCUCAAAACAUCCUCGUCUACGGCGCCGGCUUGUACAGCUUCUUCCAGAACUACGGCCAGGACUGCUUGAACACGUUCAACUGCCAACAGCAGAUCGUCAACGUCGACUCGAGCUCGUCGAUCGCUAUCUACCUCCUGUCCACCGUGGCGAGCCAGUAUCAGAUCAGCGUCAACUCGCAAGGCAUCGUCCCGAACUCGGCGAACAGGAACGGGUUCGCACAGACGCUCACCUCGUGGACCCGGACAUAGCGAUGGACGCCGGGUCAUAGGGUAUGCCGUGGCAUCGUGUCACCUCGCCCGUUCACCACAAGGCUUGAUGGUGGAGGUGACACGGGGGGUCAGAACGGAAAAUGUGGGUCGCGGGUUGCAGGGUCUCAACGGAGCGCUAACAGUCGCUCGACCUCGAUCGAGGGUGAUCGAAGGUUCCUUCUUUUGUAUGUUCUUUGCAUUCUUUCGCUCUCAGGGUUCUUUACGUCCUUUCAUGAAAUAGUUUCACGGGUUUCUCGUUCACGGCAGCUUACGGUCCCACCGCCCUCAAAGAUACGUGCGUGGACGUGUGUCCACCGGGUGUAUAUGUAAUGUAUAUGUAUGAAGCCUUUUCACAGCCG